CUCGUCUAUACCGUUGUUGACAAAUGUCAGAUGAUCCCCUCCAAUGUCCGUUUGUCAUUUAGAAAAGAAAUAUGGAAGAUUGUUCCAGCUUAAGGUCAAGUGAUUCUGCUGGGACUAGCGAGGAGUAUGAGAUCAUUGACUCUCAGUUGACUCAAGAUUCAGAACCCCAGUUGAACAUUGCCAAUAACGGCAACAUGGAGGAUCUUCAGCAAGAGCUUACUGAGGUAAUGAAGGAGAAAACUUCAGAAAACUCAUCUCCAAGUGGAACAGAAAACAAAGUUCCUCCCACACAGAAAGAGGAAAAAUCCUCUAACCAAUCUGUGAUAGUUGAAAAACCGACUACGGUAACGUCAGGUGACGAUGGGUCCUUAAAACCUGAGGAAAAGUCAGUGAAGGAGCCAGAUCCUGUCAGUUAUCCCCGCAUGUCUGCGACUGACGACUGUAAUUUUCAAACCAUUGAAAGUGAGGAUAGUGGUGACUAUACGAUUUUCAAUCGUGUCAUGUAUUUGGGUGCGGCUUCAAUCAACGCUCCCCGAAGCGAGGCAGAAAUCCAAAGAAAUAUGGCCAUCUUGAAUGCACAGGCUCAAGAGCAAGCACUGGAAGUCUCGGUAUCUGUGCCCUCGAAUUCUGAGGGUUGUGUCAUAAUCUACGAUGCUGCCACUGGUACGGAGAUGGCGCGAUUCAAAAUUGACAGCAUACUUUUUUGUGCAAGAGGGAAGGUUGACAUGUCUGAGGCAAAAUGUUUUGCCUUCACGUCUUCUCACGGGGAAACGCCCGAAAACGCAAUAUUUCAGUGCCACGUCUUUCGAUGUCAGAUUCCUGAAGCAGUUGCUAGGGUACUGAUCACCUUUGCGGCUACUUUCCGCCGGGUUCCAAAGAGCAAACAAAUUAAAGACGAGAAACAAGAAGGCAAGGAACACUUUUUUGAUAUAUCUUUGGAGAUCAAAGAGGAAGAUAGUAAGGGCAAUUUUAACGUUGUUCCUAGGGACAAAGAAUUCUUUAAACUUCGAACAAACAUUGAGAAACAGCUCAUACUGACUGUAACCCCAGCUCCAGGGAGCACUCAGAUGGGGGGCAUUCCAUCCACAAAUGAAGAAUUGCAUGUUGAAAGGUGCUUCGGCCUUCUCAUUGCUCCGGGAAGAAGAGUGAAGCAUGCGGAUAUGAAUUUGCUUGAAAUGACGUUGGGCUGGAAUGAAAGGUCAUGCGAAGACAGUCAGAACUCUAAGAAUGGAUAUGCUCACGGAUAUUCUAAUCUGUCUCACAUGUUUGGAGUUAAUGAGGUGCAGGUAUCGAUGGGAAGCAAUGUUAAUGACAAGAAGAGUUACGUUAUCUCUGGUCACUGGGACCCAGCUGAUCCCAUAUUUGAUGUUCUCAAUCAAGAGACACCAAAAGAUCGCAGAGUUUCAAUGACGGUUGCCAUAGAUCUAGUCAUGAGGGGCAUUCAAGAACCUGUUAGAUUCGUCAUUGAAACUAAGGUCAGGGUUUAUCCACAGAAUGAAAGAUUUUGGUACUUUAGCAAAAAGCCUCUUGUUCAUCUUUUCUCCCUCAAACUGAAGCAGGUUGAACAUUCUCCUCAGGGCGACAAACAGUACAUUGUCCUCAGCGUCGACAAUUUGGGAGAAGUAGAGAGAUGGCGGCCCUCGACCAUGUCCCUGUCACUGAAUUUGUCGUCGCUGACCUCUUCCACUCUUUCUUCUCUGUCGACUGGUAGAUCUCCAUCUAUUGCAUCCAUUGAAACGCCUGGGUGUGAUGACGAUUCAGAUGAUGAUGAACCCCUACUAAGUGGUUCUGGGGAGGUCUCUAAGGAUUGUCCACAGGGAGAGCUUGACUUGUGGAGACAGGUUCUUCCAAAGUGGCAGGCAUCCCCACAACAGAUACCAAAAGGGGUGUCAGGUUUAGUCAAGAGGGGAAUUCCUGAGGCAUUACGUGGAGAGGUGUGGCAGCUCCUGUGCGGUUGCUCAGAUGACAAAGAGAUGAUGGAAACUUACAAAGUCCUCAUAACAAAGGACUGUGCCAGCGAACAGGGAAUUCGUCGGGACAUCAACCGUACGUUCCCAGCACACGACUAUUUCAAAGAGGCUGGAGGUGUGGGCCAGGAUGCUCUUUUCAAGAUUAGCAAAGCCUAUGCUGUAUAUGAUGAGGAGGUUGGAUAUUGCCAGGGAUUGUCUUUCCUUGCAGCUGCACUCCUGUUGCACAUGCCUGAAGAGCAAACAUUUUGUGUGUUGGUCAAAAUUAUGUUCGACUACGGCCUUCGGGACCUCUUCAAAGACGGGUUUGAGAUUCUCCACAUGAGGUUUUAUCAGCUUGGCAAGUUGAUGGAGGAACAACUUCCAGAAAUAUGGCUGCAUUUCCAAGAACAAGGGGUUGAAGUGCACAUGUUCGCCAGCCAAUGGUUCCUGACUCUAUACACGGCAAAAUUCCCUCUCUUCAUGGUGUUCCACUACCUAGAUGUAUUCCUUCUAAUUGGAGUAGAUUCUGUCUUCCAGGUGGCUUUAGCUCUGCUUCAGGUAAGAUGACUAUGUCCAAAAAAGGAAUUAGUGUCCCUCGAUUUUGAAGGAAUCCUCAAGUAUUUCCGAGUCUCUCUUCCCAAGAAGUAUCGAAAUGAAGAUGUUGCCCGACAGCUGUUCAAGCUUGCAACGUCACUAAAAGUGAAGAAGUUGAAGAAAUAUGAAAAGGAGUACUUAGCAAUCAAAGAACAAGAAGCCCUUCAGGAGGAUCCGGUUGUCCGGCUGGAGCGUGAGAACCGACGGCUUCUUGAGGACAACAUGAGACUCGAGCGCGAGAAUGACGACUUAGCCCACGAAUUAGUCACAAGCAAGAUUAGUAUGAGACAUAGUUUAGACAAGCUUGAGGAUAAGUACGAUAACCUCAACAAGGAAUACAAAAGCGUUAACUCGCUCUUGGGCGAUGCCGAAGAAGAAAAGAAACGUCUCCUAUUGGAAGCCAAUCAGGUGAAGGAGUUGCUGAAAAGGGAAGUUGACAAAGGAGACAUUGAAUCUCAACGGAACCUGGCAAUUAUUGCAGACUACAAGAAAAUCUGCUCUCAGCUUUCAGAGCGACUUGACAAGGAGCAAGCAGCCAAUGCCCAGACAAUUAACAUGUACAAGGUAAAGGUUUCAAAAUGUGAAAAGUGUAGCGGCAUCCUUUCCCCAGUUACGGGGCCACCUGGUGAACUAGCAUUGGAGGAAUCACCCUUAGCAACCAAACUGCAUCAACAAGUUCGAGAGCUUGAGCUGGAGUUGGCUCAAACAAAAUUAGCUUUAGUCGAAUCUGAAUGUAAAAAUCAGGACUUGGUUCAUCAACUAGGCACUGCCAUGACUGAGCUGCAAGCAGCCAAGAACACUUGGUUCCAGAAAACGCUCACCUCCUUCUCAUCCUUGAAGGAACGCACAGCUGCCGGGGGUAGUAUAGGGGGAACGACAGUACCUACCUCUGGGGCCCCAGGUAGUGGGUUACAACGUCAGCCGAGUAAGGAGAGUAGUUAAUUCAAGAGUGGAAUAAAUCUAUCUCUAGUAGUGCUUGUUUUACGGCCCAGUAUGUGCACGUUAGUGAUGGGGUCGUGUGUUGAAAGGUAACGUGAAACAUGACUUGCCCCACCAAAGUGGUUGGAAGUGGACGUCCUAGUCGUGAGUUGUAUCUACACCAGAAGUGUUUCGGGAGAAUGCAGUGUUGGGCCGAGUAACAAGUUAUACUUUACAUUGACUAAAUGCCACAGUACACUUAAAUUCAUGAUAAAUCUCACCUCACUUGAUAAAGAUGAACUUUAUAAACCGUACUAAACUUUUACAGAAACUUUAUGUAAUUGUCGUAGAGUCAGAAGCAGUGGCAUUUUCGUGUGCAUGUGCGUGUAUGAAGAUUAAACGAGCAUACAAGUAAGCAUUGAUGCACACAUUCAUAAAGAAAUUUCCUACAUACUCAUAAAUGCAUACAAAAAUGUAUACAGUAAAGUUCACGCAUAUUAAAAGACAAUGAGCAGUGACUUGAGAUUGUCUCGCUUGCCGUGGAAGCACGAGAAAAUGUAUGAUGACUUCGCUCUAUCAAAGCAGAUGGUUUUCUGUUAUAUAUGUAUAUAUGCAAAAUACUUUUCCAACAUUAUAAUACCGCAUUACUCUCCCAAACUUUUUUGACAAGCUUAUGAAGAUUAUUCUGUGUAUAAGUGCCCAGUUUAGACAUUUCUGUAUUGUAUAUAUUGUACAUUUAUUUUUUUCAUGUGUCCUUGACACAUGCCAAUCAUUUUGUGAUGCAAAGUGCCACUUUUCUUUUUCGUCUGCUGUCUGUCAAGUGCUUCUUUAGAGCAGUGCCACUAGGAAGACUACUUUGCAAAAUUAGUUCCUUUUCAUGCACCCAAGUGAAAGCAGAAUUAUAUGGUUACUGUUUGUGUGUGUGUAUAACUAAGGGUAUAAUUGUAUAUAUCUUGUACACAGUACUAUACGUAUACUCUUAAAAUAAGUGCAUAAUUACAUACUUGAAAUCAUCCUUAUAUUGUCACUUAGAAGCUAUACAAAUUUAUGUAAGAUCAAUUUUCAUAUGAAAGAAUCAGAGGACUUCCCAUCUCAUGGAAUGGUGCACUGGAUCCUUGUAUUAAGUUCAACAGAAGUAAGAAUGCAGUAUCAGUGCUUCUAAGAAUUUGUUUUUUCCGACGAGAUAACAACUCAUACGUUGACGUCACUCUCAGUUCCUGUUAUCUCCAUGACUGAGUUAGCCUUUGUUUGGGUAAGUUUAUAACGUGAUGUCAGAUUUGGGCAUGUUUCGGUGACUCGGCAGGAGUGGCUGUCUUUUGGUCAAAUAGUAUAUUUUUAUUGCAGUCAAAAGUAAAAACAGUGCAUGGGGAGAGGUGGGUAUUCCAGUAGCAAGAAGUUGAUAUAUAUUUUUGAUAAAGUAAAGGUAAUGGGAUCCAUAUCAUGAGAAUUAGACCUCCCCCGUAAAGUAAUGGAAAAAGGACAGAAGCAUGGAAGGCUUUGGUUUUCGUUCAACUCGAAAGAUCUACUUAAGAAGGUGCAAUAACUUGUCAUGAGGUGGGGAAACUUUGCAUUCUCUCUGCUUUGAAAUGAAGUAAGCUUUUUAUGUAUGUUUUUUUUAUGGAUAGAAUGUCUAAUAUCCUCUCAAUGUAUCAGUUGAUUAGCCAUUGCCAUAUUAAUUUUAUUUGUAGAAUGCAUUACUUUAGUUGAUGCUGGAAUCCACAGUGUUAGGUAAUGCUGUAUAAUUUACAAUUUAAUUUUUUCAAA